AGGAAUAAAUAUAGCUAGAGGAAAAAAAAAAUGGAGUGCAGCCUUCUUUUAAAAAGCGACUAAUCCCGCCCCCUAGUGGGCGCUCUGCACACGGCAACAGCAGGAUCUAAGAUGGCGGCCGGUCGUGCGACGGUACCGGUUCGAGCAGGUUCGGCAAAGACGUCUGUCAGGAAGCAGUCUGAUGACCUCACAGCAUGAUCCUGCUCAUUCGGUGACAUGGAGAAGUGGAACAACAUGGCGGCAGAACUUUUGUCCACCCGUGUCGGCAGUGAUGAGCCGGUGGUGACGGCCAACAUGGUGCGAAAGAAGCGCCUGAUCCAGCUGAGUGAGCCAGAUCUGGUUAUCAGAAAUGAUGGCGAUGAGGCACAGCAGACCGUCAACAACGACAGUGAAGAAAGUGUCAGGUGGCCGGUGAUGCACCCGACGCUCAGAGAGAGAAAUGCUCUUAUGUUCAAUAACGAGCAGAUGGCUGAUGUUCACUUCAUCGUUGGUCCGCCAGGAAACACACACAGUGUUCCCGCUCACAAGUAUGUGCUGGCGGUGGGCAGCUCCGUGUUCAGUGCCAUGUUCUAUGGAGACCUGGCUGAGGGACAAUCUCAGGUCCACAUCCCUGAUGUGGAGCCAAGUGCUUUCCUGGUCCUGUUAAAGUACAUGUACAGCGAUGAGAUUGAGCUGGAUGCAGACACUGUGCUCGCCACACUCUACGCUGCCAAGAAAUAUAUCAUUCCUGCUUUGGCCAAGGCCUGCGUCACCUUCCUGGAGACAAGCCUGGAAGCAAAGAAAGCCUGCGUCCUGCUCUCUCAGAGCUGCCUGUUUGAGGAGCCGGAGCUGAUGCAGCGGUGCUGGGAGAUGAUCGAUGCCCAGGCUGAGCUGGCUCUGUGCGCCGACGGCUUCUGCGAGAUCAACAUACAGACACUGGAGAUCAUUCUGCAGCGAGAAACUCUCAACACCCAUGAGACCAUUGUUUUUCAGGCGGCACUCUGCUGGGCAGCGGCUGAGUGUCGGCGACGGGGCUUAACUGUGACCCCCAGGAACCAACGGGUUGUGUUGGGAAAAGCUUUGUACCUGAUCCGGAUUCCUACCAUGACCCUGCAGGAGUUUGCCGAUGGGCCAGCACAGGCAGAUGUCCUGACACUGAAGGAGACUCAUGACAUCUUCUUGUGGUUCACUGCCACCAACAAACCCAGACUGGAGUUUCCUCUGGACAAACGAGCUGGUCUGGCACCACAGAGGUGCCAUCGUUUUCAGUCUUCAGCCUACCGCAGUAACCAGUGGCGCUACAGGGGGCGCUGUGACAGCAUCCAGUUUGCCGUGGAUCGGCGGAUCUUCUUGGCUGGACUUGGACUGUACGGAUCAAGUGGCGGGAAAGCUGAGUACAGCGUUAAGAUUGAACUCAAGAGGCAUGGAACUGUAAUGGCCCAGAACCUCACAAAAUUCCUCUCAGAUGGCUCAAGCACCACCUUUGCUGUCUGGUUUGAACACCCAGUCCAGGUAGAACCCGACACCUUCUACACGAUCAGUGCUGUCCUGGAUGGAAUUGAGCUGAGUUACUUUGGUCAAGAGGGGAUGACGGAGGUGCAGUGUGGGAAAGUCACCUUCCAGUUCCAGUGUUCUUCUGACAGCACUAAUGGGACUGGAGUCCAGGGGGGUCAGAUCCCUGAGCUGGUCUUCUACUGUUGAUCUGAUCCAGAAUGGCAGACAUUAAGCUCUUUAAUCUCAAACUGAAAACCAAUAUCUGCAAUUUGGAAUAAUCAAUAAAAUAUAUAGAAAAGACAAAUAUCCUGAUUCUUGAAAAGAAGUAAACCAUCACUUCUCCAGCCUCUUGUGUUCAGAUGAGUCAGGUGAUUACUUCUCUGUGCCCACUUGGCAAUUUGGCACAGUGCAGAUGCUUAAAUGCACAAGAUCAAAUCAAACAUAAUUGUACCUUCCAUCACGUUUUGAGAAAUGAAUCAAACGUGGCUCCUUAGCGUUUGUUUCUCACCAUGGUUCUGUACGGCGCUGUGCACAGACGGACAUGCACGCCGUAAAGUGUUCAAUGUGUUCUGUAGUUAUGCUGCGACAUGGUGCAUUUAUGAUCCAGUAAGUUUUGUUGUGUUUGGAGAGAUUUAAUGAACUUCAAGAAAAUGUUCCCUGAGCUGUCUGAAGCCAUAUAGAAACUUCUGUAAAUGUAUAAAUGAUUAAGAAUGAAGAAAUGAUGAGAAAGAACACGGUAAACGUAAAAAUAAGUUUAGUGUCAUUAAAAAUGUUUCUGCCGCACCCAGAACUGGUUUCUGCUGAUGUAGUUCAAUUCAUAGAAACUAGAAAGAGUCAGCAAGGUGUUAAAAUAUCUCAGCUCUCACCCCCCCACCCUCCAACAUCAGAAC